AUGAUCAUCGACGGCGUCAAGUACAGCUGCGAGAGCUGCAUCAAAGGCCACCGGCAAGCCAACUGCACGCAUGCAGACCGCCCUCUCCGCGAGAUCCAGAAGCGCGGACGGCCCGUCACGGCUUGUGCAGAGUGUCGCGAGUUGAGGCGGGCGACGAACUCGCACAGGACUUGCGUGCACAAUCAGGACAAGGUCGACACCCACGAGGUCCUGCUCAAGGCGCUUCCGAACGGCGCGAAAGACCUCCAGUCCAUCUCGCUCGUCCGCCGUCCGUCCUCAACCAAAUCGCACGGAUCCGUCUCGUCGGCCCCUUCCACCUCGCACCGCACGAACCCCGCCGGUCCUUCUGCCUCGUCUGUCGCGUCUGAGGAGGACUUGGCGACUGUCGGGAGAAAGAAGAGUCUGUCGCGGCCCACGAGCAUCUCGAGGAAGAGCUCCUCGGCCAAGGACAAGAAGCCGCACGACCUGGCUCACGGGCACCUCGCUGACCACCCGACGCACUUCUCGGCCGCGUACUCUCCCUACCCGCACCACACGCCGAAGGAGCACCACCACCACCAUGUUCCGUCGCCACUUGCUCAUGACAAAGAGCGCGGCGAAGGCGGUUCGAACAGGCCGUCGCCGUCGGGUUCGGGUGGAGGGGUCGUCAAGACUGAGGCGCCGACUCCGCCGCUUCCGCCUCUCCCUCCACUUCCUCCCAGCGCGUCCGACCUCGUGCUUCCCCACCUUCCGACUCUGCGCCCGCAAGAGCAGUUCCAGCUUCCCAAUCCUCUUCCUCUUUCUCGCGCUCCCGCUCCUCCCGCCUUCUCGCCCGACCUCGCAACUUCCGCACCUCGCCCUGCGACACCGCAGUUGACGAAUGAGCAGCUCGCCUCCGCUUUCUUCUUCCGCGACUUUCCUCCUCAAGCCGUCGCUUCCUCCUCUGCGUCUGCUUCUCCCUCCGUCCCUUCGCCACAGCACCAGCAACCCGUUCCUUCGAACUCUACGCCCGAGCAGACUUCAAACCCAGACUACGAAGAGUUCGAGCGGUUCAAGGCGUCCCUCGAAGGCGCAAGCGGGUUCGACAACGCAAUGGGCGACUUGUCCUACCCCUCCCUCUCGGACUACCCUCUCUCGACCUCUCUCCCCUCAAUCGACCCCGCCGUCGCAUCCUACGUCCUCGGACCCGAACCCUCCCGUCCAGCAGUCUCCCUCGCACCGAUGUAUGGCGCGGAAGGCGAAUCGUUCUUCUCCGCCCCUGAACCGCCCCCUUCCGUCCCCUCCGAUUCGGGCUUCGAUUUCUCUGCGCUUGCGUUCGCGGGAGCGGGUCCUGCGUCGGCUGCCGAGACGACAGAGUACCGCAACCCCGUCGAUCCGGUCUCUUCCGCCGCCUCGAGCGAUAUCUUCGACCUCGGCGCCACCAACGCGCAUCCAGCCAUCUACGGCUAUCCGCUCGAACCCGUUUCGUCAAACUACUCGGCCUACGAAAGCGCCGCCCCGUCCGUCGCGCAAUCCGUCUCUGCGACCUCCGCGCUUGAACGACUGGACCUCGCUCCCGCGCGGGGUGCGACUCAAACGCCCUCGAGUGCGAGUGCGAGCGCGGCGAGUCAGAGGAACGAGCCGGAUGCGGUACCGGGGCAGACGGAUCUCGAUGGGAUCCUCGAGUGGCUUGCGUCGAGUACCGCUGCGGGGGUUCUGCCUCCUCCGCCUUCUUCGUCUGUCGCUGGACCGGUGAGGCAGGAUUCGCGCGGCAGUGGGUACGCGAGCGCGAGUGGAGGGAGCGGGUACGCGAGUGCGUGGCCUAGCGCGCCGCCGAGCGUGGUCGGUCAAGGGGUGGGCGACUGGUCGGGCGUCGAGGAGAGCAGCGAGGGGCGGGACUCGCCUGCCCCUGCUCCGGCUCCGGCUCCGAGGUUGCAGUUCAAAGAGGCGGAGCGGGACGAGGAGGAAGAAGCGAGGAGGAAGCGGAGGCCGCGGAACGCGGAUCUCGAGAUGUUCCGCUCGGCGACUAUUACCUGCGCCGACGCUGCUUUCUCGUCCUCCACUUCGCCCGACCUUUCCGACCCCGACGGCGACGACGACGCCGAAGCGGAAGGAGGCGGGGAGUACAGUUUCACGGCGGACGACCUCGAGCUGGACAAGUUUGGCGUCGACGAGGAAUGGUUCAGACGGUUGGGGUUGAGGACGGGUGGAGGUGGUGCGGAUUGGGGAGGAGGAGAGGGGGACGAGUUUGAUGAUGGGUACGAGGAGGACGACGAGGCUAGUGUGGUUGGAAGGCAGGACGAGGGGCGUCGCGAGGAGGAAGACGAGGGCGAUUGGCGCGGGGAUGAGGAGUUUGGCAGUGGGGCGCGGCAUGAGCCUGCGAUCAAGGAGGAGGAGGAGGAGGAGGAGGAGGACGAGGCAGACGAAGGGUCGGGAGGAGAGAGGCGAAUGGUGGACGAGCACGCGCACGACCGCGGUGGCAUGUGGUGGAGUUGA